UUAUAGUUGAACUACGGAUUUUGUCCUGAUUUGUUGAUUGUGAUAUAUUUCUGCACAGGAGCCUGGAAACCUUGAAUAAGUUUCACUUUUAGAUUGCACCGCGAUCUCCGCCAUGGGUCAGAAGAAACCUGCACGCAAACAGGCUAGAAAAGGUUUCCUCUGAAGCACUUAGUGGGGGUUAGGAUGGGAGAAACAGAAGCAGAUGGAACCAAAAUGGCAAAUCUGGAAGAGCCCCAGGCAGUACCUGCUGCUGUCAGUAAGAGCCCCAAGAAAUCUGAGGGAUACUCAAUCUUCACCUGGCUCAUAGUGUUGGCUCUGCUGGGGGCCUGGAUGUCCGUGGCUGUUGUCUGGUUUGAUCUAGUCGAGUACAACAAUGUUGUGGGCACACUUGGAAAAGUUUAUGAUGCUGAUGGUGAUGGGGACUUUGAUGUAGAAGAUGCCAAAGUUCUGCUGGGGCUAAAGGAGCAAAUUGUCUCAGAAAAUAAGGACAAGCCCACCAAAACAGCAGAUACUCUAGAGAGCUACAAAGAAACAGGAAGUGAAGAAGAGAAAAAUGAAAAGCCUGUGCCUGAUGUGUCCCUUAAUGAAGACAAGGUAGCUGCACCAUCCUCUUUUCAACCUUUUGAUUCACAAGAAAGCAUUGACAGCACUGGAGAAUUAGUUGUAGAGGCUUCACCGGAGAAAACGUUAGAACUAUCAGCAACAGAAAGAUACCAAGGUGAAGACUCAUACUAUAAACAGCUAGAAAACGAGCUUGCAGAUAUUCUAGCUGAUGAGAAUAAAGGAUCUACACCAGACGAUACACCGAAACCUAAAGCUGCAGAGACGCUUGAGGCUGAACCUACAGUGCUACCUGAAGUGGCAAGUGACUUGACCCCAGAGACUGUGACUGAAACAUCCAAACCUCAAACGACUACAGUGUCUCCAUCUGUAGAUGAGUCUAAACCAGCGAGUGCACCAGAACCAGAGGUUAAGAAGAAAAAGCCAAGCCUCCUCAAUAAAUUUGACAAAACAAUAAAAGCAGAAAUCAAUGCAGCUGAAAAACUGCGUAAAAAGGGUAAAGCUGAAGAAGCCUUGCGUGCCUUUGAAGCUCUUGUGCAGAAGUAUCCUCAGAGUCCCAGGAGUCACUAUGGUAAAGCUCAGUCUGAGGACGAUAUGGCUGAAAAAAUGCGUAGUAAUGAGAUGCUCCUGAAGGCUGUAAACACUUACAGGGAGGCAGCAGAGCUCCCAGAUGCUCCUGCAGAACUUAUUAAAACCUCGUUAAAGAGACGUGCUGACAGACAGCAGUUUCUAGGACGUACAAAGGGCUCUUUAGUAACCUUGGAAAGGCUUGUGCAGAUUUUCCCAGAUGACAUCACUCUGAAGAAUGAUCUAGGAGUGGCUCAUCUUCUGAUUGGUGAUAACAAAGGUGCUAAACAAGUCUAUGAGGAGGUUUUGGCUGUUGCGCCCAGUGAUGGAUUUGCCAAGGUGCAUUACGGAUUCAUCCUUAAGUCUGAAAAUAUGAUAGCAGAAAGCAUACCUUACCUAAAGGAGGGUUUGGAGUCUGGGGCACCGGGAACUGAUGAUGGAAGAUUUUAUUUUCAUCUUGGGGAUGCACUGCAAAGAGUAGGAGAGCCGACUCGGGCUCUUGAAUGGUACGAGGCUGGCUACCGGCAUGGUCAUUUCGCCUCUGUUUGGCAGAGGUCAUUGUAUAAUGUGGCUGGACUGCGCGCUCAACCGUGGUGGACAGCCAAAGAAACUGGAUACGUUGAACUCGUUCGGACGCUGGAGCGGAACUGGAUGACCAUUAGAGACGAAGCGCUAGCUGUGCUGGACACUAAAAGUGGACUCUUCUUGCCAGAAGAUGAAAAUCUUAGAGAUACAGGAGACUGGGGCCAGUUUACACUCUGGCAGCAGGGAAGGAAAGUUGGUUCUUCAUGCCAGAGUGUCCCCAAAACCUGUGCUUUACUGGAACGCUUCAACGAGGCCACCACCUGCAAGAGGGGCCAGAUCAAGUUCUCAGUGAUGCAGCCUGGCACACAUGUAUGGCCUCACACUGGACCCACUAACUGCCGUCUGCGCAUGCACCUAGGACUCGUCAUUCCCCGUAAAGGCUGCCGAAUCCGCUGUACCAACCAGACCCGAGAGUGGGAAGAGGGAAAGGUGUUGAUAUUUGAUGAUUCGUUUGAGCACGAAGUAUGGCAGGAUGCAGACAGCUACAGGCUCAUCUUCAUUGUAGACGUCUGGCAUCCAGAACUCAGCCAAUCCCAGAGGCACAGCCUCUCCCCCAUAUGAAGCUUUAAAUCAACUGCAAGACUUACUGUGACGUCUCAGCCAAUUACAGCCACAAGCCAACCCUGACCUCCGGCUGAUCUCUGGUUCUGAACAAAAUACCACGUGAAUAUAUGCUGUUUAAUUGAAUAGUGAUUUAUGAAGAACAUGGGUAAUGGAUGUUGUCCUUCUGGUGUCCUGGUUUUUCAAUCAUGAGGAAGGAAAGGUGGCUAGAUUAUAGCUGUUUCAUGUUUUGCUAAGCUUGAGAUAUGCACAAGCAAUUAAAAAUGAGUGCAUCAAAUUCCACAAAUGAAGAUUUACAGAUAGUAUGUAUGAUUGAGAGAAACAGUCUAGCCCGGAAUAAAUGAGAUCACUGAAAUGGACCAAAGUGAAAGGUAAUGCUGUAGGAUGAAGGAGAACGUGGACCACUGAAGGUGCAUAAUACUGUUACUUGAAUACUUGUAUACACUCACCGUUCACUUUAUUAGAAACAACUACCCAUUGACGCAGCGAUCUAAUCAGCUGAUCAUGUGGCAGUAUCACAAUGUAUGAAAUCAUGCAGGUGCAGGUCAAGAGCUUCACUUAAUAUUCAUGUCAAACAUCAGAGUGAAGAAGAAGUCUGACCUCUGUGAGUUUGAUCAUGGUAGGGAUGUUGAUAACAAAUGGGCUGGUUGAGUAUUUCAGAAACUUCUGAUUAUAUUCACACAAGGAACGGUGCUAAAAAUUCAGCACUGAGUGAGUGAUAGUUCUUUCAGUGAAAACACCUUCUGGAUAAGGGAGGUCAGAGGAAAAUGGCCAUAUUGGUUCAAGCUGCCAAGAAGCAUACAGUAACACAUACUUUCAUCUUGUUGUCUACGAUCGUGGUGUGCUGAAUCAUAUCUCGGCAUGCACAGAAUAUCAAACCCUAAUGCGGAUUUGCUACAACUGCAGAAGACCACAUUGGGUUCCACUUCUGUCAGCCAACAAGAAUCUGAGGCCAUCAUGAGACACUAGCCUGUUAUGUGGAGAUCAGCAGUAUCUGAAAUACUCCAAUCAGCCCAUAUACUACCAUCAGUACCAUGCUUGCAAAGAUCAGACAUUUUCUUCAUUCUGACAUUUGAUGUGAACAUUAACAGAAGCUCUUGAUCUAUAUUUGCAUGAUUUUAUGUUUAGAGACCUGUAUGAAAAUACAGGUGUUCCUAACAAAGUGGACUGUGUGUUUAUUAGCUGUAUUACAAAAUGCCACUUAAGGGGUUGAUAAUAUUGCAUAAUAAUACAGAGAUGAUGUGACUUUGCACUACAUGUAUUAAGUGUUUGGAUGUAUGUGAAGGUGUAGGGAACCCAUACUGCAGACACCUCUUUCUGUCAUUUAAAUAAAAACCUGUGCCUUAUGCCUACACUUGUCAGGUGUGUAAAGAUUCACUAGUCAUGCAAUGUAAAGCCUAAACAAGCAUUAUUUUUGUAUUAAAUAAAACACACAUGUAAUUAUGA